ACUCACUACUCAGUAGUCUGUUCACAGUUGUCGGCUGUCGCUCGCAAUGUGCAUACUGUAUUCUUCAAGUUUUUUGCACUGAGCUGAAUUUUGAUUGCAUUGCAUUGCAUCAUUUACAUUUUUAAUGAGUGAUAUUCGCAUCGAUUUUGUAUAAUUGAUAUUAAAUGAUGUGUAAUCUGCCAAUAAAUCUGUUAGCUAAAUAUAUACAAAUAGUUUUUCUUUCUUAGACUAUUUGACGUUCAUAUCCACGUGGUGAUUGUCAAGUGAAAGACGACGUGUUAAUUUUUAUUCAUAUUAUUUAUAAUAUUAAUUUAUUAAAGUAAUAAUAUACCAAAUGGAUUCGUUAAAUAUGUCUAAAUUAAAUUUAUCUACCGUUCAAACUGAAGCUCCUAAUGAAACAAGAAAAAAUGAAGUUUCUGUUGUUAAAUAUGAAUCAAAUACAUUUUUGGAUCCAGAUGAUGAAUUCAAAUGUGAAUACAAGGAGGACAUUUGGAAAUAUUUGAUUAAACAGGAAACUAUGAAACCAACAAUACAACUUCAGUCACCACAGUUGGAGUUUCGCGGUGCCCUAGUUCAACAGUUACGUGAAGUAUCUAAAAAGCUAGGAUUGUCCAUUGCCACUAUACACUCAGCUGUGGCUCACCUAGACCUAUUUAUGGAUGCCCACAGAUUAAGGUCCGAUCGACUGACACACGUAGCACUGGCUUGCUUAAGUUUAGCAGCAAAGAGCGACGUAAAAUUUAGCCUAGCACCAACCCUGAAAACAUUAUCAAAGGCCAGCGGUGUCCAAUUAUGUGGAAACACAUUCCGGCAGUUAGAAUGGAUGGUAGGCCAGCAUGUGCGAUGGAGGCUUCUAGCGCCCACGCCUGUAACUUUUGCGUCCUUGUUGGCUCAGUAUGUCGUAACGGACAGCGAUUUGACCACACGACAUCCGAAAUUUGUAAGGCGCUUCAGACGGGACGGCAUCAAGUUAUUGGAAGCAUAUUUAGAUUUGACAUUGUCGGACGUACGUUUAAAAGUAGUAGACAGCGUGGAAGUGGGUUGUGCGUGCGUGUCUUGCGCGCGCGCAGAGCUUGGUCUAUCCGCGUGGCCCGAUUAUUUAGCUGACGUUGCUGGAAAGACUAAUGAGACAAUCGCACCCAUUGCACGACUGCUACAUAGGAUGAUGCAAAUAAAAUCACGGGAAACUACCGAGUGCGAAGUGGAUCAAGGUUAUAGCAGUGCAAGAACAACACCAAAUAUAACACCUUCCACAUCACCGCAAUAUCAUAUUUCUUCAAACUACCCUCAAAGUAUUUCUAAUAUUAGCUACUACCAAAAUCAGACAGAUUAUAGGUUAUAUAGGGCUAGCAGAUUAAUCGAGGCAAGCGUUGAACCCUCUACCAGUAUGGCUGUGAAACGGAUUAGAGAUCAAAAUGAAAUAGAGUUAGAUAGAAAGAGAUAUAGGGUAGCUAUUUCUCAAGCGGUUCAAUGAUUGCUAGUCUCCGCGAGGUAAGGUUAAACGAUUCUCAAAGGUUUAUUCUAAAUGACCAACAAUGAUUUUUAACUUUUUUUUGAGCAUGAAGGUUUUAUUUGUAGAAUAUUUUUAUCUCAUAUGUAUUUUUAAAUUGUAAUUUAUCAAAGACAAGGUUUUAAUUCGUCUAAUGAUUCUUGGAAUAAUUUACUUGUUUUUAUAUGUCUAAGAGUGAUCAACCUUUGAGAAAUAGGAUUAUGAUACUCAUACAUAUAACAUAGCAAUAAUUUACACUAAUGCUAUAUAUGACAGACUAUGCCCUAUAAAAUAAAGUAUCUACAAACCCUUGAGUUUAUAAUAAAAUUUGAUUUUUUUCCUUUAUUGAAAGUUUAAUAAAAUUAGGGUUGUGCUAAAUAAGUUUUUGCUUUUUAUAUGGCAUAGUUAAAUAAGUGCCUCUGACCUUAUCUCGCUAGAAAAAUCUGUACAUAUUCACAUAUACUAAGUUCCUAUAGAUUGAAUUAUCGCCAUUCCACUCAGAAAAUUGUGGAUAAUAGGAUGUAUUAUUUAUUUGUAUGGUUAUGGGAUGUGGCUGUUAAAUAUUCUUAAAGUUAAUCUCGGCAUUGAGAGCUUGGCAUCUCGGCGAAGUCUAAUUAAAUAUGUAACGGCCAUUCUUGAAGUUUAUAAAACUGUUUAGCAACCACGUUCUGUUAGCUAAUUUUCCUUGACGAAGUCAUUUAAAAGAUUUAAGCUUUUUUCAGGUCCUGAACGUAACUACUUCAUUCUACUUUCUAAUAUUUUUGUUUCAAUGUUUCUGAAUAUUCUAAGUUUUUCCUGCAAUUUUCAUAACGUGCGUUGAAAAUUAUUUUGCCGAGAUUUAAUUGACUUCGUAAGAGUUUUAACACGUAAAUACGUAGAUAGCUAGCAACAAAUUAAUUAAUUGGAUUCUCAACGGAAUGAUAUACUGCCAUUACUGAACAUCUUAAAUGUUGUGAACUUCAACAAAACUAACCAAUAUUUAAACCUAAUACUAUUUUUAAUACAUCUUUUCCAUCAGAAUAGAUCAACAUUUCGAUAAUCUCGCGUUUUUAAAGUCGUUAAAAAUGCAUGCCAAAGAAAACGUGUAGAAUUACGAACGAAUGAAAACUGGUAAAGUUAAACUCGUAUAUUAAAUUACCAAACCUAAGAAGAUCAUUUCUUGGUAAUGGUUAAAAUCGUAAUACUGUUAUUUAAAUUAGCUUUGGCUCUGGUUUUGUAUAUGUUCGUUACAUUUAUCUAGUUCGUGUUCGUACAUAACGUUAUACGUAUAAAAAUAUAACUUCGACUGUUAAUCUUCAUGACAUGUCUAAGAAUUAGACUAAAGUCAUGAAGCUUUUUCUUUUAGCAUAUCUGUCAUCAUCAUCUGUCAAACCAUUUGACAGGUGGGUAUGGCGCUUUUUCCGAAUCGUAGUUUCAAUUGUAACAUGACAGCGAAGUAUUUUUAAACAAUGUUUAUAUCUGUGAUUGCUGACAAUCAUCGCUUUUUUAUUAACUUAUUAAAGUCUAUGACAUGUAUGGGAUUUGAAAAAAUACUUAUGUCUAUAAAGCAUCGUUUAAGCUAAGUGGUAAAUUUCGGUAUUAUUACGACACCGAAUUCCCAUCUUAACUAACGCGAGACAUAAAUUUUCUACCUUUUGUUACAGACAUCACCUUAAUUUUUGGACUAAAAUUCGUUAUUUUUUAGUGUUUAAUCUAGAACAAUUAAGGUUUUUAAAGAUAUUACGAUGGUACGGAUAUUUGACUGAUAAUUUUAGGACUAAUAUUGGAGUUGUCGGCCAGAUGCCAUGUAACGGGUAUUGCCAUUGCAAAAAUAUAAAUAAUUUAUAUCCCACUAAGAAAUAUUCGAAGGAAACACGGCCACCAACUCAUAAUAAUCCACUUGUCGUAAAAUCUUUGAAACUAUACAUAAUUGUAUAUUGCGUAUGGUUGUGAACAGAGUUUAUUUUUGAUGUUUCAAACUUGUUUGUGUUUUCGUUAUAAAUAAUUAUUUUGUACGAUUUUCAGCCAGGUGUUGCAUAUCACUAUUUAUUAUUAAAAUUUCGUUUUCAGUUCAUAGCCUUGUUUGCUGUAAAAAUGUCAAGUUACCAUUGUUUAUCUAAGUGUGUAAGACUUCGAUAGCAAGCUAAAUUUUCAUCCAGUUUUAACAAAUUAAAUCCACUAUAAAUUCUUGUUUUUUCUAAAUUAUGAUUAUAAAAACAUUUGUUACAUUAAGUUAAAAAUAUGUUUUUCGUAAAUUUACAUUUUAACGUAAUAUCCUAUGUCGAUUUUUUCAAUAUAAUCGAAAUCAAAGCAGUGUGAAUGUGUUUGACGUUAUCUGUAGUCAUUUAAACAUAAUAAAUUAUUGUGAAUUGUUAUGCUGCGCUUCUGGUAUAUAAAAGAUUGAUUACGAUGAUUGAAUGUGAUUAAAAGUAUAUCAAAUAUUAUAAUGCAUUGUAAUCGUAUUGAAUAUUGCGCAAUCGUUCGAUGUGCAUCUAUAUGUACUUAAUAUUCAUAAUAAUGGAAAGGAAAGUCAGGGUUGCUGCAAUAAGUUUCACAUCUACAAACUAUAAAAGAUAAUAGAAACAAAUUUCAACAGAUAAAAUUAUAUUGUUUUUAAAAUAGGUUGCCAUAGGUACUUUGUAUCAUUUUGUUUAUUGUAUUUUAUUCUAAAAACAUAUUGUCGUAACCCUGUUUUUAAGGCCUAAAUGGUUAGCGCGAUGGUAAAAUUAGCAAAAUUGAUUAUAUUGCUUAAAGACUGAUGUGAAGGUUCUACUCUGAGUAUGUUUGAUAAAGGAAAUAGUUUUGUACUCGUUAAAUAAAAUUUAAAGAUGCAACUUGAAAUAAAAGUAUUUACUCUUUA